UUUUGACAUUUCACCGGAACCGGAAGUGAGUGUGUAGAUAAAAAAUGGCAGACGAUCAGGAUGAAGGAGAUAAACUGCAGAUGAAAACAAGUAGUUCUAUUCAGCAGAUGCUGACUUCCAUCAUUCAGGAACGAUGUAAAGACGUUGUCAAGUUCACAUCAGACGGAGAGUUUGAGUUAGUUCCCAGCACGGUGAAUGAUUUCUGGACCAGUCUAUUCACAAAAUACUUCCUCAGUGGCUCAGUAUCAACAGAUGACACCCGAGAUGACAUGUUGUUUUAUGUCAGAAAGACUCCAAACCCAAAGGGGAAGUUUUACAUAAAGACAGAGAUCGAAGUGUAUCGGAGAGCCUCUAAGAAUGUUCCGUCCCUUGAGGACAAAACCAUAAACUGGGAAGAAACUGUAUACCUCAAUAUAAUCCUACACCAGUUUGAGUACACUGUGACAUGUGCAGUCUGUACAAGAACGAGUGAAAGUAAUCUUCAGAUCCUGAAAAAAUUUUCACAGAGAGUUUAUCCGUCCCCAAGUAGACGAAGAAUGGACAGCAAAGGUACUGAGGAAGAAAUGACAUACCCUAAUAUAUUCUUCACCGUGGACAAUUUUGAAGAGGCGUUUGGAGACAUCAUUGUACGAGACAGUGAGAUGGUAUGUGUUGAGCUCACAGCAGCUGACAGAAGGGGCACUCUUCAAGGAGUUAUCUUUCUUGGUUCAAUACGAUAUGAAGCCCUGAAAAAGGUGUACGAUGCUCGAGCGAGCUUGACAUCAAAGAUGGUACAGACCAUGUCUUUGGGAUGGAUCAAAAACCAUAAACGUGUGGAGUUUGUGAGGAUGCGGGGGCCACAGAGUAAAGGCCAUGCUGAGGUGGCAGUCAGUCGGGUGGAAGGCUCAGGACCAGAAACGCCAGAUUUGGAGAAUUUUCCUGUAGAGGACUUUGAUGGUCAAGAAAGUGACCAACAACAGCAAAACCAGUACACCCAGCGGAGAAUGAGUGAUCCCAGCUCCUCGCUCGGCUCACUGGUGCGUGGCGGGAUUCGAAGGAUGAGCAUGAAGAAGUCACGGUCAGAGACGGAGAGAGUUGACCAUACACUGGAUGUGGACGGGUGUCAUGAGGUCGAGGCUGGCACCAUUCAGGAAGAACUAAAAAACAAAGAGCAAUAUGAUGGAUUUCUCGGGAAAAGUUUUGGACAAGCCUGGCACAUAUUUAAGGAAAGAAAAAGAGCAAACAGUGUGGCUCUCAACUCUUACCUAACUUACAUUACACUACCAUGGCACCGGAUAGUCGCAGAUGUUUUGGAUAAUCGUCAAAAGCCUGCCUUGCUUUUCUGACAAAUAGGAGACGUGGUUGAAACACGUCGUACAAAGAUGACCAAUGCAAUUAGUGUGACCGGCACAGUUAACGUAUGAAGAUGACCAGUCCGAAGUAAUGGUUUGAAGUUACAAGGGAGAUUGCCAGUACAGUUAAAAUACAUGUAUGAGGAUGACUGGUACAGAGCAUAUCACUAUUUAGCAUAUGAGGAUUGCCAGUAUGGUUGAUGUGGUAAUCAAUAUACAGUCUAUUGAUGUCAGGUAGAAGUAAAAUGUAUUGUUCUGGUAUCUACAGUUGGUAUGUGAAUCAGUGAUAACAGCAGAAAUGUGAAUCCCUAAAGUCAGUAAGUGAAUUAAUGAUGGCAUUUGUAUGUGAAUCCCUAAAGUCAGUAAAUUAAUUAUGGCAUUUGUAUGUGAAUCCCUAAAGUCAGUAAAUUAAUGAUGGCAUUUGUAUGUGAAUCAAUGGAAACAGCUGAUAUGUGAAUCACAGGAGACAGCCAGUAAGUGAAUUAAUGAUGGCAUUUGUAUGUGAAUCCCUGAAGUCAGUAAAUUAAUGAUGGCAGUUGUAUUUGAAUUAGGUAGUUGUAACAGCUGAGAUGUGAAUCCCUAAAGUCAGUCAGUAAGUAAAUUAAUGAUGGCAGUUGUAUGUGAAUCUGUAGAGUCAUCCAGUAAGUAAAUAAGUGGUGACAGCUGAGAUGUGAAUCAGUAUUAGCAUCAUGUGCUUACAUUAUGUGAAUCAGUGGUGAAAACUGUUAUGUGAAUCAGUAUUGUGGUGACAGUCAGUAUAUGUAUCCUUGGUGAAAGCUGGUACAGGUAUGUGAAUCAGUGAGCACAGCUGGUAUAUGUGAAUCGGUGAUGACAGCUGAAAUGUGAAUCGGUGAUGACAGCUGGAAUGUGAAUCAGUGAUGACAGCUGGUAUGUGAAUCAGUGAUGACAGCUGGUAUGUGAAUCAGUGAUGACAGCUGGUAUGUGAAUCAGUGAUGACAGCUGGAAUGUGAAUCAGUGAUGACAGCUGGAAUGUGAAUCAGUGAUGACAGCUGGUAUGUGAAUCAGUGUGCACAGCUGGUAUGUGAAUCAGUGUGCACAGCUGGUAAAUGUGAAUCAGUGAUGACAGCUGGUAUGUGAACCAAAAGGCAUUUAUAUAUGCUGUGCAUACAUGAACCAGGGAAAUAUUAUUCAGAUAUAAAUCUAAUAAAUCUAAGUACAGUAUUAAGACGGAUUCAGAAAUACAUGACAUUGUAGUUUCAAUGGCCUUGUUCAAUGUACUUGGAAAUUACCUAUUAAUUUGUGGCCUGAUUAUCUUGACAGAGUUUAUAUAACAUUAUGACCACAGUUCUGGUAUAGGUACAACACACAAUCAAUAUCA